GCGUGAUGCGAUAUUUGUGUUUAAAGUUUUUCAUUUUAUUUUCAAUUCAAAAGUUUUCUUAAGUUGCAGUUUUUCUAGGGAGAGAAAAAAUAAAUGUUCAAAUUAUGCUUGAAUGACUUAAUUUAGCUUUCAUCAUAUUAUUGGUUAUAAAUGUUGUGUAAUGUUAUAGCAUAUUUAUUAUAUUUAUGAAAUUAUUUUCAAUGGUAACAAUUUAUUUCUUAUAUAUUUUCUUAAAAGCGUUUCUUUGGAACAUUCGUGAACGACGCCAAUAUUUAGUAAUUUUUUUAUUGGAAACGUAGACACCAUUCACAAAUAUUCUUAAAAAUUCAAUUUAAUCAAUAAUGUGUUUCCAAUUAUCAUGGAUAUUCUUCCAAUCUGAACGACAUUCUCAUGUCUUUGAAACAUUAUUUAAACUUAAAAGCAGAAAUAAUAUUGAUUAAAUUAUUUAUUUCUUGAAAUAUAUAUUUUCUCGCAUCAGAAUGAUGGAAUGAAAAUGAAUAAAAAUAAAAAAAUAACUCUUAAGCUGUAAACAAGUAUGUGAAAUGUAAAUCUUUCAUAAAUUUUUCAAUCUACAGAACACAAAACUUCUACGAGAAAGAUAGUGAAAUCAAUGGUAGUUAUCUGAUUAAACUGGCUGAUUGAUGUAUGAAACUAAUGAAUGACAACGUGUUCUAAAGUCUAUACUCAGCUUUUUUCUCUUCUUUUUUUUCAUUCUACAUAAACUACUGUAAGACUAGUUUUUCCCACCUAAAUCAUUUUCUUUUUAUAUAUGCACUUAAUUUUCAGUAACUUUUUUUUUCUUUUUAUACUUUCUACAUUAAUUUUUAAUUGUUAUCUACUAUUAUUUUUCAUUUAGGCGGAAGAGAUACUUAAUCUUUUUAAAAUAAUAGUUAAUCAUGAUUUCGUACCCUCCCAGAUAAUUAAAAUCCAACAACAAUUUUAAAUGAAUUAUAUGAAAAAAUAGUUUUUCUUAAUUUUUCUAUCCAAAUGUUUUCCCCAAAAGACUCCUUUCACCAAUUACUAACUUUACUAUUUCUUUUUUUGUGAUUUUCUUGAUUUUUUUUUUCUUAGAUGAUUGAUUUUAUGAUUGAAUUAUUUUGAUCACUUCCAUAUCUUGACAGCAAAAUAUUUAAAUCUUGUAUAGAACAUUAAACAGGCAAUCAUAGAUAAAUUUUUUUUUUUCAAUAAUUAACAAAACAACAAACAUUGAAUGGCACUCUUCUAGUUAUGUAUUUAAAUGGAUUUUUGGUAACAUAAUUUUGUUUGCCAUUGUCAUUCUAUAGAUUACAAAGUGAUCAAAACAAGAUGUUUAAUUUUUUUAAAGCUUAACUGAAAUAAUAUUUAUAAGUAUGACUAACAAAUAAAAAGUAUGACUUGCAUAAAAAUUCAUUUCUCAUAAAUUUUCUCUGAUGAAAGUUUUUUUUUCGCAUUUUUAUGAUUGAAGGUUGGCUAUGGAUGAUAAAUAUAACAUUCAUUGUAGCUAAAUAUGAAAAAUAAUUACAUCAUACAUACAUUUAUGUAGGUAAUAUGAAUGUUUUGAUAAGGUGUGUGAUGUUAAAGAAAGUAGAAGAAGAUUAAAAUAAUUAAUUAAUAAUCAGGCAAAGGCAAGAGACACAAAUUUUUUUUCUUUUUCUUUUCAUGAAAUUUAUUUAGUUUUUUAUUUGAAAUUUUCUUUUAAAUUUGUAAUGGUUUUCCUUUUUUUCUUUGAGUGGGUUUUCUCUCUUUAAGAAUUUGCACUAGAUAAUGGUUUUAAUUUUCUAAUAUUUAGGUAAUUGAUAUUUCAUUCACUUGUUUUUCAUCAUUGAAUAAUGCGACUAAUUAGUUACCUCUUCAUUUAACAUAUGUUUCUUUUAAUAUAUUUUACUAGAGUUGAAUUAAUGAUUCAUUAAAUGUGUAAACAUAACGUUUAAUGUUUUUUUUCUUUUUAUUCUUCGUCUUCUACUACAUGGGGAUUUUCUUCAAUCAAUGUGUUUUUUUUUUCUUUUAAUUUUUUUAUUUCAUCUUGUGUGAAUAUCACAGAACAUUUAAAACCUAUACACUUUUCAUGUCCUCAGUUAUUGGAACCUUUACAUGCAUCCUUUACCUGUCAAUUAUUUUUUCCAUUAUUUUUUACUUCAAUCAGUUAUGUAUGUGAGAAAAGAUAAACGAAAUUUCAUUCAAUGACAAGUCUCUAGAAUUCCAUGAAAAGUUAUUAUUUUCCGUAAUUUAUCGCCAUUUUUCAAAUGCUCUGCUUAAAUUAUAAUCAGAGCUUUUAUGCGUUUUAAAGCUCUCACUACAUGUUGCGAUAAAAUUUAUCAUAAAAUGUUUAAAUGUUGAAGAGGGAAAUAAUCUUACAUAGUUUUCAUUUAUUUAAAGCAAUGCCCUUUGGAGAUUAUUUGUGUCUUGACUGAAAGCUACGACAAGCUUUAAUUAUGUGUCAAGUUCAACAGGCAUAAGUUUCUUUCAAGAAUCCCUCUCAAAAUUCAACUACUUAUCAACUUUACGCGUGGGGUUUGCUCAAUCUGAAUGAAAGUUUAACAUGAAUUGGUUUUCACUUCCUUUUCUCUAAUUUUUUUUAAAAGAACAAGCAUUUCUCAAGAACGAUUAAAAUGUAAUGUGUAUGUGUGAAGAAGAGAUAGAAAGAUAGAGAGAAAGGGUUAAUAUUUAAUUAUCAAUAAUUCGUCUUUCAAAGUUUCUGCAAGAGGGAAAGCAAGAAACUAACUUUUCGUUUAUCUAAUAAUUCAUAUCAAUAAUUAAAAAAAUCUUUUAAAAAGUUGAAUUUGUGGCUUUUUUUCUAAGAAAUUUUGAUGAUAAAAUUUGUUCAUGUACAGGAAAUUAUUUUAGAAAUUUAAAGAAUUGUUAAAAAUUUCACACUUUAAAAAGUUUCAUGAAAAAAGAAAAAUGUGAAGAAAAGCACUCGAGUUUUGAAAAUCUGUUAAUUUCAUCAAUGAUUCAUUAUGACAUAUUUAAAUCUGCGCUAAAUUGAUUGAAAGUGGAAAUUUGAUUCUAUAAAAAACUACUAAAUAUUUUUUUUUUACUUUUUUCUUUCAAAAUGGAUUUAAAGUUAUAGAAAGUGAGGACUUUCAUUUCACCAAGAGUGAGCUAAGGUACAUAUACAUAAUUAAUAAAGUUCUUUUUAAAAUGUUUCAUUCGAAAUUUUCUUCUGAAGAAAAGCUUUUCGUUUUUUUUUCAUCAUUUUAUUUUUAAUUUAUUUUCAAUCUUUAAAAAGUGCAGAAGACAAAUUUUUAUUCGCGAGUUCGAUCAAAUCUGGACUGAAAGAUUUGACGCAAACGUCAUUAUUCUUGAAGGCAUUUUCUUAUUUUUGUAAGUAUUAUUAUUACAAACUUCAUAGUUUUCUUUAAUUUUUUGAUUGAUGGCGUAUUUAAUGACUUUAACUUUUGAAACAAAUCAAAUUGAUUGGUCACAGAUUUUCUUUUGAUGGCUUCAAGCAGUGUUUAUUUUUCAUGGUAAGAGUUAAAAUUUUUAGAGUCUCAACUGAUUGGAAAAUGUAAUAAACUGAUCUACUUUAAUAAAUUCAACAAAAUUCUUUUAAUAAGAUACUUUUUUAUUUGAAACUAUUAGAAUUUAAAUAUUCUUUCUCUAAGAAUUUUCUAAAGCUUUCUUCUAUUUUAUCCUGCUUAAAUUUACAUGUAAACACACCAAACUGUGAGAUUUAAUUAAUAAGUUGAGUUUCGGUGUGAGAAAAACAGUGUUAAUUAUUUCAUUCGGAGUGACACUUUUCAACUUUCAAGCGCCUUUAAUUUUAUUUCUCUUCUUAAAACCUGAAUGUUGGUGGCAAAAUCUGUGAUGGAUUAUCCGUGUUGGAGGAUAUAAAAUGGAAUAAUGCAAAUAUUAUAUAUUUCUUAACAGGAUAAAUGUGAAUUCUCCUAGUAUUUGAUGAAGUUUCUUAUCUGUCGAAUCGUCUUAAAGUUCAUUAGUCAACAAUCAUGAUUCUUUCAUCUUUUCACAAUUUGAUUAAUUUUCAUUUUGUAAUCGUAAUUUAUCUACAUUUUCAUUUUUGAUGUCUUAGAAGUUUAACUAAAGUUCAUCAUCAUAAUUUACUUCGUUUAUUUAUUGUUUACAUUGUUAAAUGAUUAACGCUCAAAUGGUUUCAAUUCUUUUUUAUUAUUAUUAAAAUUGCGUGUAAAGUAUUGACGGACUUUUGUUGUUUAUUUUAAUUUUUCUUCUUUAAUUUGAAAUUUAUUUGAGUUUUCUAGUCUAGCACUGAAUUUCAAUUUUCUUUAAUCGUGUAUGGAUAAUUACGCGUGGAAAUUCUGAAGCCUUAAAUUUUCUUUCGUUUAUGAUGAUUUUUUUAAAAAUUUUUUGAUGGUGAAGAAGAAAUUGAAUUUUCCUAAUUAUAGCAAUAUUUAAAUGUAUGUAUAAAGAGAGUUUAAUGAAAAAUUGACUAUUCCCAUAUCUCUGCAUUAUUGUGCAUAAAACGGAAGUUAUGAUCUAGAGACAACAUAAAUUCAAAGAUGUUGAAAAUUGGUGAAUGUUAAGAUAAUUUUAAAUCGAUGAAAAUAUUGCUUUUGAAUUUGAGUAAAAAUAGGAUUUGUUUCCAUUAAUACUUUCUUCAUUUCCAUAUUGUAGGCUGAUAGUUUCCGAUUAUUUCUAAAAAAUUUUUUGUUACUCUUUUAAAGCCUUAAACGCGACAUUAUUUACUCUCAAGAAAACGGAAAGUUGACAAUUUCAACUUUUGGAAGCUUUAAUUGUGCUUCUUAUCUGAGAUUUUUCUUUCAUAACAUUGUCAUUAGUGAAGUAAAAUUCAUAAAUGAGAAAUAUCUCUUUACAUGUUUUUAUUUAGUACCCAAAUAAGUAGCCAAAUGUGAACUUAUGCUAAUCUUUAUGACAUUCCCAUUCUAUUUUAUCAUUCAUAGGCUGCAUCAGAACACCAUCCUUUUAUUGUUUACUUAUUAAAAUAUUUUCUUUUGAUUUAAUGAUCUUAAUUUACAAGAUUAAUCUUAUCGUCUUUUUCAUAACCAUAAACAGAAUAAAGUUUGUUGUCCAUCAAGAAAACCAGGAAGAAUACUAUGAAAACAUAGAUCAUACUUACAAAAACAUAUAUUGAUCUAUUUUUUUUUUCUUCGUCCAAAACUUCAAAUUAAUCUACUCGUAUGCUAAUGAAAGAGUGCUUUGAAACUAGAUUGAUUAGAUACUUUCAAUUAAAAAUGAAAUGGCUUCGAAGAGUUUCAAAUAGUUUUAACAUUUGCAUAACUGUUUUUCAUUUUUCUUCAAUAAGAUCACUUUUCCAUAUAUUUUUAUUUUCAAUAACUAGAAUUUAACUAGCUUUUCUCACUAUAAAUUUGAAUAUAACAUUUUAUAUUUCAAUAACCUUUUUUCUUUAAUCAUCGCGUAAAGUGUGAAUCUAUAAUGAGUUUUGAAAGAGUUAAAACAAUGUAUUGUGAAAUUUAUUUAGCUUAAUUAUCGACCCUUUCUAAGAGGGAUGAACGAUAGGACAAGUUUGACCCUUUUAUUCGUAAAAUGAGCUGAGAAAAUUGUUUUUCUUAUAAAAUUCAACCUUCAAUAACGUGGUGUAUUUGUGACGGCUUACUAAAUGUUCAAGGAACAAGUUCAUAAAAAUCAUGUUCUUCCUUGCCAUAUUACUCGAUUAAUUAAUAAAAACAGUUGGAUGAUUCCAUUAAAUUCUAUUGCAACACCCCAGCCGCGGCUGCCGUAGUGGCAUUUGUGACUUUCGUUUGGCAUGCCCGUUUCGUCUCUUCCUCGUUUAUUCUCUGCUCUAUCAAAAAAUGAGCCGUAUUUAUGGCUUGCGGUGCUCCGCUUAUUGUAACAAUUCGAUUUCUUGUUCCAGGCGCAAAUGUCCCUUUCUUUGAGAUCUGAAUAUUGGCACCCGAAAUGUGUUGGAUUUCAAUGAGACUCCGACCACCAGGACCUAUGCGUUUCAUUUAAGGUUUUUUUU